AUGUGCCUGCCUGCCCAGGGCUGUGCUCAGCCGGGAGAGGAGCGUCCAGAGGAAGCGAGCUCCACACGGACGUCUCGGGAGCGGGAGCCUCCGAUGGGCCUGCACUCAGACCGGGGGCGGCUGACCUGGCCCAGAGCUUCCGGGGACACACGCCGGAGGGGUGCGGACACCCACGGGUCCCAGCCGCCUCUCCACUGCGCGUCCUGGCACAUCUCUCCGUUGCCCGGCUCUCAGGUGCAGGAGCUGGGCUUCUGGCUCAUUCCUAAGCCCUCGUCCUUAACAGAAAAGCCUUUUAAAUACGCUUUUAUUUUAUUUUUGGAUAACAGUUUUGUACUUUACAUUUUUUAA